AUGACUUUCCAAUAUGGCGGUCGCAAGCAAAAAAGACGAUCAACUAUUAUUUGGGUUGGUUUGUUUAUAUUUGCUGUAUACAUUAUGAUUACACUGUAUUCUGCGUACAGCUUACUUGAGAAUACAAGUGGAAAACAGAAAAGACAAGAGCGAGGUGUUUUAGCGAAAUCUACUUUAUCUACGGAAAUAUUUGAAGUGGAAGUAUGGGGAAAGGCGGCUAUCGGAUUAUAUUUUUGGGAGCAUAUUAUGGAAGGAAAUUUAAAGAGUAAAGAAACAGAUCUGGUUAGAUUGGGUGAAAAAAUUAUUGAUAAUGUUAAAUUUAGUUUCAGAACUGGACCUGGAAUUAUUCCUCAGACUGUACCAAAAAAUUCUCAAAAUGUAAUUCUAAUAUUAAAUGGUAGGGUUCGAGAAAAAAUUAAAUUUGCUGAAAUGUGGUUAAAAUCUCUUCAAAUGUUACCCAAUAUAAAGAAUGUUGCUGUGAUACUAUUGGGCAAUGAACAAUGUAACAAUAAUUGGUUGUUACCAUAUAUGGUAAAACAAGGUGGAUUAGUUAACAUUGCAUAUAUUGUAUAUGACAUUCCAAAUCAAGGCAAUACAAUAUUCCAGUGGCCUUUAGGGGUAGCUACAUACAGAAAUUUCCCAAAAGUUAUUCUCAGUGAAAGUGACAUUUCGCACCAUCGACAAUACAUGUGUAAUUUUCUUGGUACAGUAUACCCUAACUCCUCACGAGAAACUCUGCAAAAGAUAUUUUAUGAACAUAAACUCUAUACCAUUUGUUAUUUAAGACUUCGGGAAACAUGGCAACCAACUGAAAGCAAAGAAACUGCCAAUGAAUAUUAUCAUGCUUUAUUACAUAGUGAUUUAACGUUGAGUCCAGUCGGUGUAAACACAGAAUGUUACCGUUUAUAUGAGGCAUGUUCUUAUGGUUCUGUACCAGUAGUUGAGGAUAUCCAGACACCAGGAAACUGUUUAAAUACACCUUUAAAGCUUCUAAAAUACUAUAAUGCACCAUUUAUUUAUCUCAAAUCAUGGGCUGAGCUACCAGAGAUUUUAGAGAAAGAAAAACAGUUGACAUUGGAACAAAAAAUUCAAAGGCGAGAAAAUUUAUUGCGAUGGUAUUGGAAAUUCAAGAGGAAACUUCAACAAUCAUUUGUUGUUCAAAUAAAGAGGAGUUUUUUUAGUUACUUAGAAUAGCAGCAUAAAUGUUAUUACCAAACUGUUGAUAAUCCUCUUGCAGGAAAAACAUGUCAUGCGACUACAUGCACUCUUACUGUUAAAAUGUUAAAGUGUGUAUGAAACUAAUUUUGCCCCUAUAUCACACUUUGUAUUUUGAAUUAUGACAUCACUAGUUGUUCUUGAGAUUGCAGCAGAAAGCUUGAGUUCCUUAGACUUGGCGAUAAAACCGUUUUUGGCCGCCAUCUUUACGCUUGAAAUCCCUACGGCUACGGUUAAGUCUAUAGAUCUAUUUUACAGUUUUUCUAAAACACUUCAUGACUAAAACGAGGAAGCUAACACCAGUCCAAGAAUCGAAAGGGAAAGAAGAUUGGCUGCAGGCUAUCCGCAUUCCGAUCACUCUUUGUCGCUUUUCAGUCGCGUGUAUAGGUCUCGCAUAUCGUGUGAAUGAAUUGCGAUAUACGAUUCUUUGGUUUUACAAUAUACGCGAAACCGCAAAACCAGUUUAAAAAAAGAAGAUAUUUAUCGAUUUGAAUAUGGAAAGUUUGUUGUAAACGAAUUUUUCGUCGUACUCUGCAGUGUAAGAAUAAUAUGAAACUAGUUGUAAAUGCAUAAUUUAGCAUUUCGUAGCUUUGGAUAAUCUAACUCAUACAUUUGCGCGAUAAUUUCAUUCCCAUAUAUAUGGUUAAAGUAAGAAACAUCGGUUACUAGAAAUGCGUGUCUCCAGGAUGUCCAGGCGGCCGUCCGACCGUCCUAUGGACGGCCACUCCUGAAUUUGGACGGCUAAAUUUUAAUGGACGGCCUAUGGGAAUAUUUUCUUUAAAUAGCAAUUUACAAGCUUUGUAAUAUCUCUUGAAUACUUCGAAUUGUUAUCAUCUGCUGUUUACUUUACUUAUGG